GCUCAAGGGCCGGCAACAGCUGUACGUAGCAUUUCCAGACGCGACCUAACAGACAAAAUCGGAGAAAACAAGGCGGAAAAGCGAAACAUAAUUUCCCCAUAUGCCGAUAUUACCUCCACUCAUAAAAACAAAACCAUAACAUAUCUCUUUUCCAUCUUCCCAAAGCUAGCCAGCCUUAGAAAAACCGAGAGAGAUCGAUGGAAGGACGUGGAAGCAAGGGUCCGGCCGUCUGUGUCACAGGCGGAACAGGUUUCCUAGGUUCAUGGCUGAUCAUGAAGCUCCUCCACCACGGCUACCAUGUUCACGCCACCAUCCGACACAACAACAAGAGGGACGACGACAUCACAUUCCUCACCGACCUCCCCGGAGCGGCGGAGAACCUGAAGCUGUUCGAGGCCGAUCUCGGCCACCCGGAAACCUUCUCCGCCGCCAUCACCGGCUGCUCCGCCGUCAUCCACGUCGCCACCCCAGCCCUGGACUUCAACAACAACAACCAAGACCAUCAUACUGCAGAAGAAGCGAUCGUCGAGAGAUCCAUAACCGGAACUCUUGGCAUACUGAAAGCGUGCCUGCACCACUCCGAAACGGUGAAGCGAGUCGUGUACACAUCCGGCACAGCCGCCGUCGUUUACAACGAUGGUCACGAAGAUCAGAUGAUGGACGAGAGCUUCUGGACCGACGUGGAAUACGGGAGGAAAGUUAUGAAGAACAAAUUCACGAGGACGCUCAUGACGGCCAAGACGCUGACCGAAUGGAAAGCGGUUGAAUUCGCUAGAGAGCAUGGUAUGGAUCUUGUGACCUUGAUUCCUUCUAUUGUUGUUGGGCCGUUCAUUUGUGCAAAGUUUCCUGCAUCCAUCCGGCUGGCGCUUGCGAUGGUGUUUGGCGAGAAGGACGACGGUGGCGGCGGCAUGAUGACGGAGGUGUCGAUGGUCCACGUUGAUGAUGUUGCUAGGGCGUAUGUGUUCCUUCUGGAGAGCCCGACGGCGGAAGGGAGGUACAUAUGUUCUUCGAGCCGUCUUACAAAGGAUCAGAGGGAUAAACUGUCGGCGAAGUAUCCUGAUUUAGCAGUUCCGGCGAUGAAGUCUCUAAAGGAUAUUAAGGGUCUUAAAGUACCUAAGAUAUCAUCAAGGAAACUGUUAGAUGCUGGAUUUGAAUUCAAGUAUGGCCUGGAUGAUAUGUUUGAUGCAGCGAUUAAAUGUUGUAAAACCAAAUGUUAUAUAUAGCAUGGUUAAAAAAAAAAAAUCUGUAAAUCUUUUCCUAUGAAUCUCUCUCUAUGUAUCAACACGACAACCGUCUGAUUUUCUAAUUUUUUUUUUUAUGAAUGAUGAACUUUAUUACUAAGAGAAAAAGAGGAACUACAACACAAAAAAUAAACACCUUUACAAGCAAGAAGAAAAUUUUGAGAAGAAAAAGAAAGAAAAAAAAGUUUGGUAAAGCAAUGCCAAAACUCAAAUAGAAAAAACAAGAAUCAGUAUGGGAACUUUCAUGACCGGUGACAAACAAACAACUAGCACUAACAGAAAGAGAAACAAAAACAAUGGAAAUGCCCUUGAACCUCAAGGCCCCAAAAAACACCUAUACAUUGAAACAAAACCAAGAAACAAAACAAAGGAACAACCAUCAACCAUCCCCAAUCCUUACCCAUUGUUGUAAGUGGGCGCGUCUGAAAGAAUUUUAAAUGCUCGAAGCCACCUCCCAACAAUUUGGAUGAUCUUGUGACACAAGUAUAUGGGGGAAAUUUUACUAUCUCUAAAAAUCAUAUUGCUUCUUUCGCUCCAUAGUGACCAACACACUGCAUGUGGCAAGACUUUAAUGCAAUCUCUGAACUUCAGAUCACACCUCAAUCCUCUCCAAGCAUGGAGAAAAAACCGAACCUGAGCGGGGAAAAGACCAUGCAGCUCUAAAGCUCUCGUGAAGAAUUCCCAAAUUAUCCUUCAGAAUGGGCAUGUAAACAUAAGAUGUGAAAUUGACUCCUUGUUGCUUUUACACAAGGAACACCAAUUAGGAAUGCUCAUUCCUCUUCUUCUCAAGUUGUCAAUGGUGGCAAUUUUUGAUAAUGAGGUCAUCCAAAGAAAGCAAGAAAUCUUUGAAGGGAUGAAAGAAAUCCAUACGAGCUUGUAGGGGAAGGAGCUGUCACCUUCAAAAGAAUCAUCAAUGAGGUGAUGUGUGAAGGAAUGCACAGAGAAAAUCGAUGAUCGCUCCAAGGGCCAAACCAAACAAGCUGGGUCGACACAAGUCCAACUAUGUGGGAGUGAAGACAACAAAUGCAUCAAAAACUCGUUCUACUUUAGCCCCGCCUCUUAGUGAAACUAUAAGGGGAUGUCCCAAAAAGAUCUGCCAUCCAAAGAAACCAAGUCAAAAACAAAACAUCCUUGGGAAGUGGACCCAACCCUUGGGAACUCUCUCACCAAGUGUUUCCCAGGAAUCCACACAUCAUGCCAAAAGGACACACCAUAACCCCCCAUGAUUAAUAUAAGCAACUAUCCAAAAAUACGAGCUUUUGUUGACAAUAGUACGCCAUAAAGAGCAACCAUAUGAUCCCAAGUUCCAACAAGGUUUCCACUCUAAAGAACCUAUUCCACAUUUUGACAGAAUCAUUUUCCUUCACCAAGCAUCUCUCUCCACGCGAAAUCGCCAAGCCCAUUUCCCUAAAAGAGACCGGUUAACACUCCUGAGAUCCAAAACUCCCAAACCUCCUCUCACCAUAGGGGUUUUCACCAAAUCCCAUCGAACCCAAUGCAAUCUCUUAAUAUCCAAGACACUAGACCACAGAAAAUCAAUAUAAAUUUUCUCCAACCUUGCAAUCACUAAUGUAGGGGCCUUAAAAAGAGAUAAUAAGUAUAUGAGAAGAUUUGCAAGAACGCUUUUUAACAAAAUAAGUCUCCUCCCAAAUGAGAGCAUCCUAGCCUUCCAAGAGGCUAAAAGAUUUUGGACCUUUUCAAUCAUUGGUUCCCAAGCUGCCAAAGAAGUCAUUCUAGAUCCCAUAGGAAGCCCCAGAUAGUUCGUCGGCAAAGAAACUGUCUCACAUCCAAAAAUGUUAGCAAAGUGAGAAGAAUCUUCCACCUCCCCCACAACCAUCAUGGAACUCUUGUGUAAAUUUACGCAAAGAUCUGAGAUGGUUUCAAAAAGGGUUAGAGCUGCGAGGAGAUAUUGAACUUGAACUUCAGAAGCAUCACAAAAAAUAAGGGUGUCAUAUACAU